GAGCUCCACGAGCUGGCCCUGAGCCUCGGUGGCCUCCUCGACGCCAAGGCCUCCCGGCUCCGCCAGGCGCUGCAGACCCUCGCCCAGAUGGAGAGCGAUUUCGCGACGAGGAGAGCCAGGCGGCGCCGCGUCGGCCUGCGACGCGCCCUCCUCGACCACGGCGCCGCGCUGUCCGCCCCCAGCGGCGAGGACGCCGGCGCUGGCGAGGAGCUGGGGCCGUCGCCUGACGCCCACGCCGCGGAGCUGCGGCGUGCGGAGAGGCGGCGGCGGCGCGAGGACCCGGGCCCGCAGCCCGCGGAGGCUGGGACACCUCCAGCGCGAGCGACGCCGACGGCGUCGGGGAGUGCCUAG